AUGUCUUCUUCUCCCAGUCUGUCUGGCGCCCCAACCCGUUCUCGUCCACCGACCUGUCCACAUCAGCGCCAAGCGGCACCAACAAGCCACACAUUGCGCCAGAGUCCUUCAAGGCCGCUGAUCGGCCCGGGCUCGAGUCCCUCAAAGAGGGGUCGCAAGACAGGACAGCCUCGAACGACACUCUCUUCAGCUCGUCGUGAACGGGUGCAAUCGCUAGAUCGCAUCAGGCUGCUCCACCCAUAG